GCCGGCCCCGGAGUGGCGGCAGCAGGCUCCCGCCGGCCGCCCGCAGAACAGCGCCGAGAAAAUGGUGCUCCUCUCCAACAACAUGGCGUCUCAGUCGAGCGCCAAAGAGCGCCUGCACUGUCGACGGCGACACAAGGACAAGGAGCGGAGCUGCUGCGCGCCGCCGGUGGUGCCGGCGCUGGAGGGCAAGCGGGACGUCAAGUCGACCGACCUCAUCUACCUGCAAGGUCUGAUCGCCUCGCCCACCGAGGAGCAGCUGCCCGAGCCCGAGGAGGGAGUCGACCCGCUGCCUAUCUGCUCUUCCGCUUUGCCGAUCGCCUUGGAGAUCUCGCGACGUCUUCGGCCGCACCACAAGGAUGCGCGCGUGCUGAUCAACAUACUCACCGCCUCCAAAUUCCUGGGUCUGCUCGACGCGCACGACCGGAUCGCCAAGGAGACGGUGCCGCCGACAGAGCGCAGCGCGCCGCCGCCGCCCAUGCCGCCCACGCGGCCCACAGAGAACAUGGAGGCCAUCCGCAUGGUGGGACUGACCAAGAACCCGAACGAGCCGCUGGGUCUGACCGUCAAGCAGGAGGGCGACGAGCUGGUGGUGUCCCGCAUCCUGGCCGGCGGCUUCAUCGACAAGCAGGGUCUGCUCCAUGUCGGUGACGUCAUCACAGAGGUCAACGGCCGAAAGGCGUACACGCCGGAGGAGCUGCAGCAGGCGAUCGGCGCCUCCAACAGCGUCACGCUCAAGGUUGUGCCGGGCGCGCCGCUCAAGCCCAGCGUGCCGCAGUGUUACGUGCGCGCCAUGUUUGCGUACAACCCGAUGGAGGACAAGCUGUUGCCCUGCCCGGAGGUUGGACUCAGCUUCGAGUACGGCGACAUCCUCAAGGUGAUGGACCGGUCCGAUCCGAAUUGGUGGCAGGCGCAGCGCGUGGGCGUGAACGCGCCGGCCGGCCUCAUCCCGUCCCAGGAGCUGGAGGAGCGGCGCAAGGCGUACGUGCCGCCCGAAUCCGACUACGUGCACAAGAUCGGCAUCUGCGGCACGCUGAUCAGCAAGCGCAAGCGCAAGCAGAUGUACCGCUCCAAGCAGAACAACGAGUUCGACAAGGCCGAGCUGACGCUGUACGAGGAGGUGGCGCGCAUGCCACCCUUCCAGCGGAAGGUGCUCUGCCUGAUCGGCUGCCAAGGCGUCGGCCGGCGCACGCUCAAGAACCGCAUCAUCGACAUGUUCCCGGAUAAGUUCGGCACUACCUUGCCGCACACGUCCCGACCAAGGCGAGAAGACGAGGAAGACGGUCAGGUGUACCACUUCACGUCGCGUGAGGCCAUGGAGGAGGACAUUCUGAACGUGCAUUACCUCGAGUACGGCCAGUUCAACGGACACCUGUACGGUACCAAGCUGGACUCGAUCCGGGCCGUGAUCCGCUCCGGCAAGAUGUGCGUGCUCGACUGCAGCCCCGUGUCGCUGAAGACGCUCUACAACUCGGCCGAGUUCCACCCGUACGUGGUGUUUCUGGCGGCGCCGGGCGUCGACGACGUGGAGAAGCUCUACCGCGAGUCGGCCACCACGCUGCGCAACUCGAGCCGCAGUCUUACGUUUGACCGCAACAGCGCCCGGUACAGCUCGCGCCGCGGCCGCACGCUCGAGUCACUCAACUCGCUCUACGACGAGGAGGACCACCGCCACCAGAUGGAGGAGUCGGCGCGGCUGCAGCGCGCCUACGAGAAGUACUUCGAUCUGCUGUUGAUCAACGAGGACCCGGAAGAGACAUACCGGCGCGUGGUUGAGGCCGUCAUGGCGCUGGAGACGGAGCCGCAGUGGGUGCCCGUCACGUGGGUGUACUGAGGUGCGGCGCGGGCGGCCGGCAGCCAGACGCAGCGGCUACCUCUGGCCGGUCCGCCGCAGCAAGCGAUCCGAAGACCUGACGAGCAAGACUACUUACGCGGAGCGCGGAGCCGAGGCGUGAGCGGACCGCGGCUCGGUGACCGGUCGCCUCCGCCGGGGCGAGUGGGGCCGGCAGGCGGCGGCGGGACGCGAGCGUGUUACCUCGUGCGGGUGGCGGUGUGAUGUGCUGGCGGAUGAGCGUGAGUGCUCCGGUGCGUGAUCGGGGGAGUUGUUGAGUUGUAAGGAGUCUAUCGCGACAUCGUUGGGAGGGGUUGUGGAGCGUCACUGUCUCUCGUCUUGUCAAAAGACUUGGGAGCAGACGACCUUCAUGGGGUGAUGACUAUUUUUUACCGGGAGGCUUGGUUGUUCAGCGGCUCGGCUGUUCUUUCGUCUCGUUUUUAUGCUGGUUAUGCCAACAGUCCGCCGGCCACAUUGCCGGGAUGACUGUGGUAUCCAUGCGGACUGCAUGAGCAACUAGAUGACGUCGCUUGUUGCGACUCAACCCUAACGUUGCGCCAUUCACACUUUCAUUUUCAGCUCCUGUCGUCUCCCUUUUGAACACGUGCUGCGGACAUGCGAGAACGGUAGCUAAAGUGGCGGGUGUAUGGAGCCAGUACUGUUGGAUGAGCUCGCUAUUUACAGAAUGUUUGUAGAGUUUAGUGGUGUCCGGCAGCGAAAGAGGCGGGGAGGACGAAGCUGUUGCGUCGGCCAGCUGGAGCUGCUGUUUCCUCCCUCGCCAUUGCGGGCCUCGGCUGGUAUCGUCACCGCCGGGGCAGUGUGUACAUUGGCAUUCCAUCAGUGCGCUUGAACAAGUGUCCAGCUUUAUCCCGGUGGUUGGUCGUCCGUCGAAUCUCCCGCGCGCUUGGUCGCGCGCGCGUCUCGGUCACCUUUCUGUUUCCUCUCCUGACCGGGCGCGCGCGCGGAGCGAACCACCGUCUCGGACGGCUCGGUCCGCCGCCGUUCCCCUGAAACUGCCCGUCUUGGGAGGCGCCGACGUUUGCGCAUGCGCGGACGAGCGUCUCGCGAUCCGUCCAGCGGGCUCGCCGCUCAGCUCCGCUUGUGUUCAGAGAGCGUGGGCCCGGCGCCGUCCGGGCGGCUGAGAGCCGUGCGAAUACAUGGGAGCGGAGCG